AUGGCUGGCUCUGGCGAUGAGGGUUGGGAAGUCGUGGAGGUCCCCAAAAUCGAUGACGCGUGCCAGGAAGCUUACCAAAAGAUCAAGAGCACUGCGAUGAAGGCUUGCGCAGUGGAGGUGCAGAACAAGAAGUUGUUCUUCUGCCUUCAGCCUCGGGAAGCCCUACCAAAAGCAGAGAGCAAACUUUGUGCAUCCAACCUGUCUGGACGGUGCAACACCUGCAUCCACCGCAUGCCGAAGUUCGCGCAGUUUAUGGGCGACGGCGGAUCAUUCGUGGCAUGCAGCGACGUGAAGGAACCAAACGUGCAGACACUCCGACAGUUGCGCCAGAAGCAUUGGAAGACGAUCCAGAACAUAUCUGAGCUUACCGCCGUUGUGAUUGACGAGGACUUUGUCAAGGAGUAUCCCAUCGAAGUCGGACCCUUCAGCCACAUGCACUUCACUUGCGACCAGCUCUCGGAUGCUGGAUUAUCCCAGAGGCUAAAAGAUCUGAAGCUCUACCUGAACGGCUCCUUCGACAACCGAUUCCAGCGCUUGGUGGAUGACCCAGCUUCGUUGAAAGUCAUGCAGGAUGCUCUUCCCCGGUUGGUGCGCCCGGACCACUGGAGGGCUGUUGUCCAAUGGGCGGUGAACUUCGUUGCUGAAGCUCGCGGCAAGAGCUGGGACAAGCUUGCUUUCCAUGAAAAGUUCCAUGUGAUGAUCUAUGCGAUGCUAACAGGACGGUCCCAUGGAAAUGUGCACUUGGACAUGCAACAGGCUAGCAAUCUGGUGGACUUUAUGGACUCAGCGGCCAACCUGGAGGGCCUUGUGGCUAUGAUGGACGACCGAAGCAAUCCAGAAACCUACAUGGUCUCACGUGUGGCGGAGUUGCUGCGGGAGAAGCAAGUGAAGUCACUCUGCACGGUAACUUUGGUCUGGGGCCUGGAUGGCAAUCCUCAUAAGUCAGACCUGGACUUGCACACCUGGGUUAAAGGCACACAGCUUUACUACGGAAAGAAGAACGUAGAGCGCUGCUGCCUAGACUUUGAUGCAAACGCCUCAAAGGUUGAGAAGAAUCCGGCCGAGAAUAUCUCACUCAACCAAGUUGGAACCUUCGUGAUGAAGGUCAACAACUUCAACAACCGCGAUUCCGCGGAUGUUCCAUUCAAGCUCAUUGUCCGACGGAGUGGCCAGGAGAGCGAGGUCCACGAGGCCGUUUGGCCGCGGAAUAGGGCAAAGGGAACCUUGAUGGAAGUUUGCCAGGUCAGGGUCACGCCAGAGGACCUCGUCGAAAAGCCCGUGGAGCUGUCUGAGGCCGAGCAGCGCAAGCUUGCAGCAAAGGAAGCCGAGUGGAUGCAGCUUUUUGGAGAGCCUGUCUCCACGCUUGCCUGCGAAAACGACCUCAACGCGAAGACGGUGAACCUAGCUCUCCGGCAUUCAGGUGAAGCCGCAGGAUACCCCAGUGCGCAGCAGCUGUUCAGCAAGAUCCUUACCGCAGCUCCAAAGGAAGCGAAGAAGAAAGGAUCCUCAUUGGCCGAACGGUGUCGGCUCGAGACUUUGGAUGGCUUCAUCCAGCAUGUGACAGAGCACGAGUCCAAGGUGGAGGUAGACAUUCGGAACUUCGUGCCUGGAUACAUCACUCGCCUGGAGACGGAGACAGACCUUCUUCACAGCAAGUUCGCUGUCAAUGUCUUCCAUCGAAAGUACGAGCUGCCGCAGCAACCGCGCACGGAUGAGCAAUCGACGGCCAGAUUUGACACAUCCUGGGGUCUGCCGGCCACUGCAGCCGUGCACGGCUUUGUGCAGGUGAACAAGAUCUGGUUCAUGAUCCUCAAGGGUGCUCGGCUUUCCCCCAACAGCAGUGACUGGCCUUUGGCUGGGGGCAUGUACCCGACCAACUUGAAGCCAGAGGCCCAUCAUCACCGCAGCAAGUGGGCCAGCUUCCACUCCCUGACAGCACCAAAGGUGCCGCAGAAUCAGAGCCCUUUGUUCAUUGGCUCUGCUCUGGUUGGCUUUCCCAACUUUCAAUUCAAGCUGGAUGGGCGCCAGGUCACCGUUAGAGCAUAG